AUGAUGAAGGUGAGUUGUACCAUAUGCAAGACUGUAACAACGUUGGACCCCAGAGAGACGGUAGCUGGCCUGCCGGAUGCCUCCUUCCUUCUCAAUCUCAAAGACGAAGACGCCGACCACCUUAAGGAGACGCUUAUCUUUAAGAAGUGCGGCGUGUGCGAAGACCGUUCUGAUAUAAAGGCAAGCGCUGAGUGUCAGGACUGUGGAGACUAUCUGUGUUCAGAUUGCGCAGCGUGUCACACAAGGACAAAGUUCACCAGAGGUCACCGGGUGGUGUCUCUAUGGGACACUGCGGACGAGAACUAUAAUGUACCCACAAAACCUGGGAACGAGGACAACAAAAUGGGUACUCGUUCCAUUUUGGCCAUUCUGGAUGAGGAAUAUGAAAAUGAACAUUUUUUGAGCACAAUAGAAGAACAGGACGACUCGGAUAAAAGUUCUGAGCAUUCUGACAUAAAGUCUUCAGACACAAAAGAGACAGAAGAUGAGUCUAAGGACUUUACACUGUGUGCCAGUGGCGACGAUGAUGAAAAUAAGAAUGUUUCAAAUCCAGUGCAAGUGCAAGACGAGGGGGAGGUCUUCCCAGCUUGCAGUAAUGUGUCAUUAGGUAUAGAGGGCGCUGUUGAUCAGCUACAUCGCAAAGCGAGGGAACUCACCUCGCUGAUGCAAAGCUGGCAAAGACUUGAGGAGGCAAAAGUACAAGAAAGGAACGAAGUUGAAGCCGACGUGGACGACUUUUCGCAACGACUGGAAUUUAUCAUCGGGAAGCAGCGAAGCUGGCUGCAGACCGAGACCGACAUUGUGUACAGUCGGGUGUGUUCGGACGUCGCCUCGGCUCGGGAGGGGCUGGAGAAGCGACUCUGCGCGCUGCAUUACGUCACACAGUUCCUCACCGCGCUGAGCAAGUACGGCAACCCGGAACAGGCGGCGUCUCUCAGGGACUGCCUGGCUGCCAAGAUCGCCGAGCUGCUCUCUUCAGAAGAAGAGGUCGUAGUAGCAGGUAAUUACAACGAAAAGAUCGGAUUUGAACCGGAUAAGAAUCUACUAUCGCAGGUCACAAGGGGGAUAGGAAAACUAAAGCAUCACAAAGGCAACGGGUCGGUUACAAGUACCGAAGAAAGUUUCCACAACCACUCAGAAAGUGAUGCAACAGGAAAAGAAGGUAGUGCAUGUAGUUUUCAAACGGACUGUCAGUCAGAAAACGUACUGGCUAUUAACGAGGGUAGAGAAGACAGUACGAGUGCGAGCAAAGAACCGGAAAGGUUGUUGUGGGUCAUAGGUCAUGGCGAGGAUGAUGACGACAUCAAGUUCAACAAUCCCUGCGGACUCGUGGUCACCAAGGCUGGUGACGUCAUCGUCGCUGACCAGGGAAAUCGUAGGCUGGUGGUCCUCAACAAAAACGGCAAGUUCAAGACCAAAGUUGGACUGGACAUGUCACCCAAUGCUGUCGUUAUGAACAGCGAGGGGCAAGUAGCAGUGACGGGGACUAAGGGGGAGGGGAGGAGAAAAGAGGGGGAGGUUCAAGUGUGGAAGCUUCACCGGAAAAGGGAACACGAACUCGUGGUGCAGUUUGGGGCUGGAAUUCUGAAGAAUCCGCAUGGCGUCGCUGUUGACAGUCAGGGCAGGUACGUGGUGGCUGACGUCGGGAAGCACCGCGUGACGGUCCACCGCUCGGACGGCGGGACGCUCAUGUCCUUCGGCGAGCACGGCGACGCCAACGACCAGUUCUACCUGCCGUACUACGUCGCCGUCACGAGUUCCGACGACAUCGUCGUCUCGGACGAGUUUCAGAAAUGCCUCAAGGUGUUCAACUCCAGGGGGAGGUUUCUGCGCAGAAUCGGGCCGAGGCUGAAACGUGAGGUACACCUCGAGUGUCCCGGCGGCCUUUGCGUCAUGAAUGACGUCAUCCUGGUGGUGGACAUCUUUACUGGCCAGGUGAUGUCCAUAAGUUUGGGGGGAAAGUACCAGGGAGUGGUGCUGUCUCAGAAAGACGGUUUGAGCUAUCCACAGACGUUAGCCGUAGGACCGGGCGGACUUGUAGCCGUCACAGAAGGAAGCUUCUUCAAAGGGACUCACUGUGUGAAGACCUACCGCCUGGGGGAGUUCGCUACACCGUACAUAAAGAACGCAUGAUUACUGGACCAAUUCAUAAAUUCUUUAUUGACACAACAAAAAGCACAGGGACUUUUGUAUGGUCUUCAACAACUAAAGAUCUAACAAAGCUAAAUACAUGUGUGGAUAACGUCAUCCUACGUACAGAAUAAAUGUAUGCGGUAACAAUAAAGGUUUAACUAUUCUCUAACAUGUGGUUUCUAAGAUCGAAACGUUCUUUAAUUAAGGGUUAAUGACCCGC